GGUAACAUGGCAGGCGUGGAACUGACGAAGUGUGUUCGAGCUUGUAGAAACGCAGGUUUCUGUGCUUAUAGAGCAAGAGAAGUUUAUAGUUUAGGCAGAAAUGAUUUUACAAGUGUACGACUAUUAUCGAGUCGUAGAGCGACAAACAUGUCUGAUUCGAAAAAGAGCAGUACACUAAUGUUUGGAGUCCUAGGUAUUAGCAUGGGUGCAUUGGUUGGUGCCGGUUAUUCAUAUUAUAAGAAGACACAAACGCAACCUUCCGCCGUAUUAAAUAAAAAUGUGGGCGUAACAAAUGCUGUACUGGAAACUCCACCAGAUAUUCAGAUUUCUAAAGAGAUUGUUGCACCUUCUGACAAUACUGGAUUGAAGCUGACAUUGUUCCAGUAUGCCACUUGUCCAUUCUGUUGCAAGGUUCGAGCGGUUCUCGAUUAUUAUGGUUUUUCUUACAAUAUAGUCGAAGUGAACCCAGUUCUAAGGCAACAGAUUAAGUGGACUGAAUACAAGAAGGUUCCAAUAGUUCUUGCAAACGUUGACGGUGUUUAUCAACAAAUGAAUGACAGUUCCAUGAUCAUCUCUGCCUUAGCAUCGUAUCUCCAUGAUAGAGGUCAAGGGCUGACUGAUAUUGUGAAGUGUUAUCCCACCGUAUCGUUCACUGACGAUGAUGGAAAGUUAAAAAAUGAGAUUUUGAACCGUUAUUUUCUAAUGUACCAAGGAAAUAUUCCGCAAGGGAAAACAAAGGAAGCAAUAUUGGAAGAACGUAAAUGGCGAAAGUGGGUAGAUGAUGUGCUGGUUCAUAUGCUGUCUCCUAACGUGUAUCGAACAAGAGAAGAGGCACUACAGGCCUUCACUUGGUUUUCACAAGUCGGAGAAUGGGAGAAACAUUUUUCGACUUGGGAGAGGUAUCUCGUCAUCUAUGUUGGAGCUUACGCCAUGUGGAUCAUUGGGAAGCGACUAAAGAAAAGGCACAACCUGAAGGACGAUGUCCGUGUUUCCCUGUAUGACGCUUGCAAUCACUGGAUGAAGUCCGUGAAGAUGCAGGGGACCAAGUUCAUGGGCGGAGAGUCCCCCAACCUCUCAGACUUGGCUGUGUACGGUGUCCUGAACAGUAUUGAGGGUUGCAAUGCGUUCCAGGAUGCACUGGAACACACAUCCAUAGGAACGUGGUACUACAGUGUGAAACAGAGCGUUCAGAGUCACAGUGGGUGCAGCGCCAUGAACGGCUGAAGCUACAUCCCACAGCACAGUAGAUAAUGUUCUUGUUAAAAAUUUGUGAAGACUCAAGUUCCAUUGUAUCAUGGUCAGAAACUGACAGUUGACAUUCAUGGUAACCCACAGGCAUGUGUGAGAACGGCUUUUUGCUUCAAAAUGAAAAUCUGUAAGAAUUGGGAUGAGAACAAGAAUUUUCUCUGCUAGACCAAUUUCUUUUGUACGCUUUUUAACAUUGCAUUAGUGUUCUACCCAUCCUUUUUGAUAUCAGAUGCUUUUCCAGUGAAACUUUUUUUUCAAAAUUUGUUAUGUUUAAAAAAUAAGUUCUUGUGCCAUGUAAUUUUUUGUCAUGGGCAAGAAGAGGGAAGAAGAUUUUUCUGACAAGUUAAUUCAUGUAAGUGUUGCCAACCAUAAUGAUUAUGAUGCAUCAGGUAAUUUGCGUUCUACUUUGCAAAGCAAAAGUAGUUUUCAAACCAAGAUUAGAAUUCUUUUCUCAGUUGGAUCUCUUAAUAGUUUGAGACUCACACUUGCCUAGUGGUUGACAUGCUGUUUUGCAGUUUGAUUUUAAUAAAGGGCUAAACUGUGCUAAAAGUUAAUUGCAGCUGACAGGAAAGUAUAUCAUUGACUCCAGUCCUGAACCAGUUUGAUGCAAUCGACAUUACUUCGUUCUGUAAUACUGAUGGCUGCUUUCGAACAGGUUUGUUUCCUAACUAAUAUAGUUUGCAUUUUUUGUUUCUCAGGUUCCAUAUUUCUAAUGAUCACUGAUUUAACUGCAGUAAUUGUACUUGAAGUAUGAUAUCAGAAUGGAGAAAAUUACAUAAGAAGGAACUAUAACUUUCAGUAUUCAGCUAAAAGAACAGAGUGAUUAAAUGAGAAUGAGUGUGUGUAAAGCAUGAACAGAAAUUUGUAUAAAAAGAUCGGGAAACAUAGGAAGAGACCAGUUACGAUAUCUAGGCAUAAAUUGGAGGACAAUACUAAUCCUUAUCAUCUAGGAACAGAAAAUUUUGAAUUUUAAGGGGCUUGCAGGCAGUUAUUAAGUUAGAGGUGACAGAUUGUUGUGUGGGAAUAGGGGAUUUCUAAUCCCCUGGUAUUAUGGGGCUGCUGGCCAUAUUUAACCUUGGGGUAAUGGUGUUAUUAGUAUUGGAAAAAAUUAAAUUCUUGGUUAGCUGGACGACGUGCGCUGUUCCAGUAAUGCAAUGCAACCUGGUGAGACUGAAAUGUAUCUUAAAAGAAAAAUAUAAUUUAUCUGGCUCUGAACAGGGCUCAUUAGCAGCUUUUAUACUUAGAAUAACGAGCCUUCAGUUUUCCAAAACUGGCCUCUUGCCAACCAAGAACUAUGUGAGAUCUGACAUUCUCACUUUCUCUUGUGGGUUAUUUUACGGUACUGUCAACUUCAAAUGUGGGGUGAUUCAUAAAUGAUGAACUUUGGAAGGAAGCAGUAAUGACCUGAGGAAGUGAGAAGAACCAUGAGAAAUGUCAGUCAAGAUAGCAGGUGUCCUAGUUGAGAAUCGAACUGAUUACCUCUCGAAUACGAGUCUAAGAGUAUCGCUGGUAUCCUGUCCCGCUCCGUCAGGUUCUCAUAUCUGUGACUAUAGUGAUCACUGUCUCCUGAGAUGUGGCACAAAGUAGUCUAGUAGAUUUUUACCAUUGUUUCAGAGGAAUAUGCUGCCUCCAUCUUCAGGGUAGAAGAGGUAUCCUGUAUAGGGAUAUUACUCUGUGCAAUGUAUGUAGAUGCAGAAGCCUUCAAACCAUGAAAGCAGGGCCACUGCUUGUGUUCCUGUCGUUCCCACUGAAGCACAGUUCCUUGGUUCACUCUUCUGCCCACAAGACAGAGCAGCACAUUCCCGUGUAACAUCAGUAAACACCUUCCGGAGUCCAUGUAUCACAUCUCACAAGACAGCACUGCUCAUCCAAAAGCAUGAGCACAUGAAGGGCUUCCUAAGAAUGAGAGACCGAUGAUGAUGCAUUUACUUUUCACAUUGCUUGUAAUUCCGCCACAAGCUUUGCCGCUAACAUAAUCCUCACUUGUAGUCUCUCCAUUGGAAGCAUGUGCAAAGUGUUUAAUCCCAUCUAUUUAAUACAAAUACUAUGUUUCUGGACAUUAUCCAUCAAUGCAAUGUUUCAGAAACUGGAUUCUGGAUUCCCGGAGAUGGGGACUAAUUCUGGACCCAACUGAGUAGGUCGCCAGAACGUGUUUUUAAAUAAAAACAGGAUCACACAUAAUGUCCAGAAACAUAAUAUUUCUAUUAAUGUACCACCGUCACAAACGUUUACGCCUUAUGUGCUGUCCAUUUGAGUUUUAAGUAGACAUUUCAUAUUUAUUUCUAAAGCUCAGUUAAGUAGUUGCUAAUCCUUACUGGGCUUGCACUGCAGCAGCACAUGUGACAGUGCAGCUGGCUGAGUAUUGCAUUAUUUCGUUAUGAAUACCAAUAACCCUCAAGCUAAAAUAUUGUUACCAACCACGUAUUACUCGAGAGAUAUAAAGUCCUUUACUGCUGAUGAUAUUAUGUGAUUAAUGGGUGUAGAAAUAGUGGAGAGUUAUGUUUACAAGUUUUGUAUAGUAAAUUAUUAAAUUAAUGUACAGAAUUUACUGUAGCAAAAAAAAUAAAGAGAAAAUAUUAAAACUUUUAA